UCAGUAAUUAUGUUCCCACUGGAUGCAACAACUGCCUCGUUUGUAAUGAGUUUUAUUGUUUUUGUCCUGUCAUGCUGGUGUUCUGCCUGGGACACGGCAUAACAAUAUAUGUUAAGGGGCGUAACAUUUCCAUCAGACGCUUGAAACAUAUUUGUCCAAUUACAACGCACUGGAUAGCUGGCCGGUCACAGCACACCUUGCUUUUCAAAGCGACGAGCCUUGUAAAAAUCAAUGCAUUUCAGAAGGCGGGGCAUAGAGAAACAAUAAUAUACAUUAUGUGAAAAAUAAUGUAUUUUUUAAACCUUAAACCACAUAAACAUUUCAUUACACCAAAUACUCAAAAUAAUUUACAUUUUAGCAACAUCAUAAGACCCCUUUUAAUUGACAUUUCUAUCAGCCAAUGGUAAUUAUAAAAGAAAAAGGUACAAGCAUAGAUCAGUGGCUGAGAGCGCAUCUGAUUGACAGAUAAACCACGAGCUCUAGGCCUAUCAGUUAUUAAUGUACAGUUUGUUAUUAUUGUGCAAAGCAUACACUCAAAAUAAACUUCAUCGUUCAGCUGAACUGUGCACAUUUUAGACGCUUCAUGUCUUGUUUAAUUCAUGCGAUAAAUGCAUCCCUGCUGAGCUGUGGGCUAUUACUAAUUUAACAGACAGCAGAAAAAAUUACAAUUUACGUAUUGUCUUUUUUAAUAUACAUAUAUAUAUAUAUAUUAAAUAAAGCUUCAUAGAAUGAGAAGGAUACAUUCUACGACCUAAUCUGCAGUCAUCAGGGUGAGAUUAGGUUCCUUCUAUUAAAAAAAAAAAAAAUUCUGAAUUAGAACAGCCCUACAUGUUUUUGUAUAACGUUUACACCUUUGAAUCUUUGAAGAGAUACUGUUGCUUUGUUUUACUUUCGGAAAAUUCACAACUUGAGAUUUCAAAGUGUUGGGAGUUUCAACUUAAAGAGAACUUUAUAAUUGCCAUAUUUGGAGCAGUAGGGGGGUCGAUGCCUUUUUUUUUAUGUCCAUGUUUUCUCCUGUUUUAGUUAGAAUGGGAGUAAGGUAUGACUUCAGUUGUUUAUUUUUAACUUUGUUUUGUUUUAACUUUGAAAGUGCUCCUCCCCAAGUUAGAUCUUUUAUGUUUGUUGAUGUGGCCUGGUCCCCUGCCGAGGCUUUAGUUGCUCCCCUCUUUGUAGCUUUUUUUGAACUUGUCAAAUAAACCCUUUUUCCUGAGUGUAACAAAAAUCUGUGUGAUUUAACUUUGUUUUGUGAGUUUAAGAAGUGCUCCUCCCCAAGUUAGACCUUUUGUUUGUUGUUUUGGCCUGGUCCCCUCCCAAAGCUUUAUUUGGUCCCCUCUUUGUACCUUUUUUAUUUAACUUGUCAAAAAAACCUUGUUAGAAAAAUCUGUGUGAUUUCUGUGGAGUGCUGGGACAGGAGAGAGGAGUUCCUGAUAGCCUUCUUUUUUUUCCUUUCUUUUUUUUGGCAUGCAUUUGUACGUUUCUUUGUUACACACUUCCUGACCCUAUGGGAAGCACUUAACAAUUGGGGGCUCGUCCAUAUUACUUAAUAUUACACAAAUUUGAACGUCAAUUUAUUUUAUUUUAUUUAUUUUUUUCAUUUAUUGCGAACUUCACUAUCUCGUUGUUUGAUAUCUAGGUACAUAUUUUUUUGGCUGUUUAAAAUUUGGUGAAUGAGGAGGUGCUAUAUGAUUGAAAAUAUGGAUUUCGAUUUGAUAAAGUUCACUCUGUCUCCUUCUUUGGAGUAGUUCAACAGUUGUUGAAAAAUAAGAUUUGCUUUUAAUAGCUGACUUUUAUAAUAUAUGACAGUUUAUAGAGUAAACAAGCGAUAAAAGAGGAGUUAUAUAAGUUAGUAGAGGCAGGUAUCUUCCCAGAACAAACAAUAGAGCAGAGAUGAAGCUGACAUUGGCACAGAAGCGGACUCAAGUUCAGUAGCUAGCAGUAAAAAUGUAGCUUCCAUAGAUCCUCAGGUAGCUCUGAAAUGAAAAGAGCUUAAUCUCACAUUAAGCUUUGCAUGGAGUAGAGGGAAGAGAGAGAGAACAAAAAAACACAACACUGCCAAAAGGCAAACUGUACCUACAUAGCAGCCAUAUCAAAUACUGCGCAAAUAUAACAACGAAAUACAUUAAAUCUUGAUUUUAAUACCAGUAAGUGUUUUAAGAGGACAGACAUUCAAAUGGCAUAAUUUUAUUUGCCUGAUUAUGACCCAGAUUCAUUAAUUUAAGUUGAGAUUUGGUGCCGUAAGACUAUUGUGAGUCAUUUGCACUACCAAAUGACUAAAUACAAAAUCUCUUUGUAGUUGCAUAAUAUUGGCUCUGUUGCAUUCAUCUAUUAAACUAGACCAAACCAGAACACUGUGGGCGGGUUUCUAAGAUUAUCACAUUAAGUUCGGGGCGGGAGGAUAAAGUUACGGAGACUCUGAACAUCAACACCUUAAGCGCAGAGUUGCUCCUGUCUGUGUGAAAAUGAGCAGCAGUGGUGCCCGAUGCAGGGCUGCAUCAGUUCCAGACACAGACACCGAUGAGCGAGAAACAGCAGUGACCUUGAAGAAAGAGAUCGGACUCCUCAGUGCAUGUGGUAUUAUUGUGGGUAACAUUAUUGGGUCUGGGAUCUUUGUAAGUCCAAAGGGUGUUUUGGAAAACAGCAGCUCGGUGGGUCUGGCUCUCAUCGUGUGGACUCUCACUGGCGUCAUCACUGCCAUCAGUGCUCUGUGCUAUGCUGAACUGGGAGUCACAAUCCCAAAGUCAGGUGGAGACUAUUCCUAUGUUAAGGACAUCUUUGGAGGGCUAGCUGGGUUUCUAAGGCUGUGGAUUGCAGUGUUAGUGAUCUAUCCAACUAACCAGGCUGUGAUUGCCCUCACAUUUGCCAAUUACGCAUUGCAGCCUCUCUUCCCUUCCUGCUUCCCCCCAGAGAGAGCACUGGGUCUGCUCGCCGCCGUCUGCCUGUUGCUGUUAACCUGGAUUAACUGCUUCAGUGUCCGCUGGGCGACGCGUGUACAGGAUGUGUUCACCACAGGCAAACUCCUCGCCCUCUGCCUCAUCAUCAUCAUGGGCAUUGUGCAGAUCUGCAAGGGUAAUUUUUAUUGGCUGGAGCCAGAACAUGCAUUUCAUCCUCUCCAACCCUAUGACGUGGGUCGCAUUGCACUCGGUUUCCUGCAGGGCUCCUUUGCUUAUGCAGGCUGGAACUUUCUUAAUUAUGUAACAGAAGAGCUCAUUGACCCCUACAGGAACCUGCCUCGUGCGAUCUUCAUCUCAGUCCCUCUGGUUACUUUCAUCUAUGUAUUUGCGAAUAUUGCAUAUGUUACAGCUAUGAGCCCUCAGGAACUGAUUGCCUCCAAUGCUGUUGCUGUGACAUUUGGUGAAAAGCUGCUUGGGGUGAUGUCAUGGAUCAUGCCCAUCUCUGUGGCUCUGUCCACCUUCGGAGGGGUUAAUGGGUCCCUUUUCACAUCAUCUAGGUUAUUCUUUGCAGGUGCCAGGGAAGGACAUCUUCCCCGUCUGUUGGCAAUGAUUCAUGUGAACCGCUGUACACCCAUCCCAGCUCUGAUUUUCACUUGUAUAUCAACUCUACUGAUGUUGUGCACUAGCGACAUAUACACCCUUAUCAACUAUGUUGGCUUCAUCAACUACCUGUUUUAUGGGGUCACUGUUGCCGGGCAGAUUGUGCUUCGCAUCAAAGAACCAGACAUGCAUCGACCAAUCAAGGUGAGCUUGGCGUGGCCAGUUAUUUUCCUGAUUUUCUGGGCAUUCCUGCUGAUCUUCUCUCUCUACUCGGAGCCUGUGGUGUGUUGCAUUGGUCUGGCCAUUAUGUUGUCAGGUGUUCCUGUCUAUUUAUUUGGCAUCUAUUGGGAAAACAAGCCUGAGAGCUUCAACUCCUUUGUUGCUAAACUGACACACUUGGGGCAGAAGUUGUUCAUGGUGGUAUAUCCUGAUGGAGGCAGUGAAGACGGGAAUGAAGAUGAAGACGAAGCUGGAUAAGAUUACAAGAAGUUAAUUUACUGAUUCAUUCAUGGAUAUUCAUUCAUCAGCUAAGCUUAAGCAAUGUGAAUUUGGUAGGUUAUGAAAAUGCAAAACAAACAUGCACGUACAGUGUGGAGGACAAUGUAAUAGCUAAGAAGUAUUUUUCAUUUGAAAGACUGGCCUUAAACAUUCUAGGUGCAAUACUGCCACCAAUUGGCAAGAUUGUUAGAAACAAUAUGAAUAUUGUUGCUGUGACUGUUAUGGUUCAUUUUGUAUUUUUAUAUUGAGCAUAUUAUUGUACUCUUUCCGUCAGUCUCUGGUGUUUGUAUUACCUAAAUUGUAUACUCUAUUGUAAAAAGGUUGAAUAAUCCUGAAGAUAAUGUUUUGCAUUUUUUGUGUGUGCGUUUAAUUUUCAUUUGCAUUUCAGUCUUCAGACUUGAAAAUAAAUUAUGACUAAAAACAACACAAAAAGCAAAAGAAAAAGAAUGAAAGAAAGCGGUGUUAUUUACCAGCAUGGAAUCUUGCCAGCAUGGAAAAUGUCUGUAAUUUAGAAGUAAAUGGGAACAAUCGCCUGAUGUGUUAUAUAACUCACAUCCUACACCCUGCUUUCAUGUUGGACAAGGACAUAAAAACAUGUCCAAAAUUAUGUUACAUUUAGCAUUGGAGAACAUAUUUUUUAUUUUAAACGGACUCAUUUCAGCACACAGGCCUUUAUCAAGGUAGAGAGUAAUAGGUUUAAAAAUAUGAAUGAAUCAAAACUAAAGCAAGGUUCAAAAUGUAAGUCAACUAUGUGGUAGAAUUGACCAGAAUGUGUGACAUCUACCAGUGAAAAUAAAAUAAUAAAUUUUACAAUGUGCUGUUGUUCUACAGAUCCAACUGUGUUUAAAAUGCCAUGACUUUAUUCCACUACAGUCGUGUCCAUUCUUUGGAAAACAAAUGGGUCCUUCCACCAGUGCACAGUAUUGUAAGAACAGAGUUGACAGAGUUCAGCUCAAGAACAAACAAUGGAUAAAUGAAUGUCCCUAGAAAAUAAAAAGAUCUCUGUGUUUA